ACGUCUCUAGAGAGAGAAAGAAAAGGCUUUCAAUUUUCCGAGAGGGGGAGAGAUCCAAAUUUCAAUUUUUGUCCAAAAAAAAAAAUUCUAUAAUUCAUCCCCUUUUCGAUCCAAGCGCGGAUCGGAGUCGCCACCGUAGAUCCGCCGGCAAUUCAUGGAGGGGGUUGGGGCCCGACUAGGCCGGUCCUCGACUCGGUACGGACCGGCCACGGUGUUCACUGGGCCGGUGAGGAAGUGGAAGAAGAAAUGGGUCAACGUAUCGCCCUCCGCUUCUGCUUCUUCUAACUCCAACAACAAUCACUCUCACCCUCAAAACGGUACUUCUAACGGUAAUAACGGUUCCCAUCUGGUGCUUUACAAAUGGACCCCUAUCACCCAAAGCCAGAACCAAAACAACAACAACAACAACAACAACGGGGUCGCUAAUACCAACAAUAAUACUGGGGACAGUGGCUCCGGCAAGGACGAGACGGUGGUUGGGACGGCAUCCGAGGAGCCACCUCGGAGGAAAUUCAAAUAUGUUCCGGUUGCCUUACUAGAGGAGCAGAAUAAUGAGGCUGCCGAAAAUGAGGAUGCUGAAAAGGUUGAUGAUGAAGCUAAACUAAUUGAUAUUGACUCAAGUGCAACAGAACCAACUGGCAAGGGUGUUGCUUUGAAUGAUAAACCUGACAUCAAUGAUGUCCCUGCAGAAGAAAGUCAGGAAAAAAAUCAGGGAGUACGUCAGGAUCUGAAUGAAAGCACGCUGGAUUUAAGUUUGGGCUUGACAUCCCAUGAUGACGAGCAUGACUCCGAUCUAAAACCUAAUCGUCACACAAGAGAUGGCCAGUAACGUGCCAAACUCAGGUAGCCACCGGAACAGUGUUUCAAAGCUUCCUUAUUCUCUGGAAGAUGGAAACUUGAAGCGUUAGCGUACACAUUUGUGUCCUACAAAAUGGAAUUUUCACCUUGGCUUUCUGCUCACCCGGUCAUUUAGUAUGUAUUCAUCUGAGUGUUCUUGCAGGGCUGCUUAUAAUUUGUACUGUAGGAAUAGAUACAUUUUUCACUUAUCAUUAGAAAGAAUAUUUUUUCCCCAGAUAUUUACUGGGAUAGGACAUUUUGGACUUACAGACGAUAUGUUUUUCGGGUGAAUUUUUUAAUUCAAAUAACAUUUCUCAUGAA